GAGGCUUGGGGCCAUUCCCUUUGGAUCCUUUUUCUUUAUCUAUACAUGUAACUGGCGUAUUCGCUGAACAAAGUACACAAUGGACUCCGGUAUUUCCAAGCAGUUGGUGGACAAGAUUUACGAGAAGAGGAAGGCUGCUGCCCUUGACCUCGAGAAGCAGAUACGCGAAUGUCACCAACAAGGAGAUCAGCGUCGCAUUAACCAGAUUAUUGACCAGCUAGUGGAUAUGUUUAGCAAUGCCUCAAAUCCCUUGCAUAUAAGAAACGGUGGGCUCAUCGGUCUCGCUGGAACAUCAAUCGCUCUGGGGGUCGAUAUAUCACCAUACAUGGAGAAAUUCAUCGACUCUCUACUCGUUUGCUUUACCGAUCCAGAGAACAGGAUUCGCUACUUUUCAGCCGAAUGUCUGUAUAAUAUUGCAAAGGUCUCCAAAGGCGAAGUCUUGGUUUAUUUUAACCCCAUAUUUGAUGCAUUAAGCAAGCUUGCCGCAGACUCUGAACUAUCCGUUAAAAACGGAGCAGAGCUUCUUGACCGUCUUCUCAAAGAUAUCGUUGCCGAAACAGCAUCCGUCUAUAUUCCACAGUAUCCAGAGACCGAGAGAAUUCGCGACCAAACUGAUAGCCAGGAACAAAGUAUCUUAGUGCCAUACCCCGAUGGGCGGUAUGUGGGGGAAGGGGGCUAUGCUGUGAAGAAGGCUUUCUCAUUAGCACACUUCAUUCCCCUCCUUCAGGACAGAAUCUACGUCGUGAGCCCAUUCACAAGGAGCUAUCUGGUCUCGUGGAUCACUGUUCUUGACUCUGUACCAGAGCUAGAACUGAUAUCCUAUUUGCCAGAAUUCUUUGAUGGUCUUCUAAAAUAUUUGUCGGACCCCACCGAAGACGUAAGAGUGGCUACCGAAAACCUUCUGGCUGAUUUUCUUCGGGAAAUUCGUGACGUGAGUAUAGUUCGAAAACGGCAAGAGGAGCAGGUACACGAGGCUUCAGAACAGAGACGACCCGAUAGUUCAAAGGGGCAACUACCCGAUAUAACUAUGUCGCACUCCGAACGUGCCGUCUUUAUCCCGGAAGGCGAGCUAUCACCUGAUAUCGAUGGAGGAUUUAGCCUCAAAGACGAUAUUAGGUCCGAAAACGAUUAUCGAGAAACUGGCGCUUGGAUUCCAGGCCAAGGGGUGAAGGUCGAUUAUGCAGCCAUUAUUGAAAUCUUAAUUCAACAGCUUGAUAAUCAACAUGACGAGAUUCAACAGUCAACUGCUUUGAGAUGGCUGGCUGAGUUUCUGAACUUUGCACACGAAGUGAUGAUCCCAUUCACGCCUCGUCUGGUUCCAGCCAUCCUCCCAAACCUGGCUCACCAUGUUCCAAUGAUACAGUCUGCUGCACUGCGAACGAACAAGCUCCUUACUAAUGUAAUAGAGAACUUGCCUUCCCCUUCAGAAGGACCACUUCGUCAGCAGUCCACGGACAAACUAUCUGUGACUCCGUCUCGUGCUUAUACGAGCUCGCCGACCCCAUCAACACCCUCUCUAGCUCCUUCACGUCAAGUAAAUGUGGAGAAGACUCCUGUGGCACCUAUGAGAGAUCUUUCUUCUCCCGACAAUACUUCGCAAGUGCCCGCUCCAGAGGAAGCUGACCUAUUCGAUUACCAGGCUACUGUCAAUGAGCUGACGAUACAAUUUUUGAGCGAGCACGAACAGACACGGGUGGCCGCAUUGAAAUGGCUUAUUAUGUUGCACCAGAAAGCCCCAAAGAAGAUCCUCGCCAUGGAUGAUGGUACUUUCCCCGCUUUACUCAAGACCUUAUCGGAUUCGUCAGAAGAAGUCAUCAAGCAUGACUUGCAACUGCUAGCCCAAAUAUCGUCAAGUUCAGAGGAGAGCUAUUUCAAAGUCUUCAUGAUGAAUCUGUUGGAGUUAUUCAGCACAGACAGAAAGCUUUUAGAGGCUCGCGGAAGUCUUAUCAUCCGACAGUUGUGUCUAAAUCUGAAUACAGAGAAAAUUUAUCGCACAUUUGCCGAGAUUUUGGAGAAAGAAGAGGACCUGGAGUUUGCGAGCGAUAUCGUUCAAAAACUCAACAUGAUUUUAAUCACGUCUCCUGAACUUGCAGAAUUUCGCAAACGACUUAAAAGUCUUGAAACUCGGCAAGAUGGCCAAGCUCUUUUCACAACGUUGUACAGAUCUUGGUGUCAUAAUGCCGUUGCUGUGUUCUCGCUCUGUUUACUUGCACAAGCUUAUGAACAUGCUUCAAAUCUACUAUCCAUCUUCGCCGACCUGGAAAUAACUGUUCCAAUGUUAGUGCAAGUGGAUAAGCUGGUUCAGUUGAUUGAAUCACCAGUUUUUACAUACCUUCGUUUGCAAUUGUUAGAGCCUGACAGAUACCCUUACCUCUUCAAAUGCCUGUAUGGGCUUUUAAUGCUGCUGCCACAAAGCUCUGCCUUCGUGUCUCUUCGUAAUCGCCUAAAUGCUGUCAACUCCGCGGGUUUCCUUCACAUCGCGCCAAAACCACCUAUCAAUACAAUUGCAUCCCGAUCAAAAAUCGGUCGGGAUGAGAUAAAGUGGCAAGAGCUAUUGAUGCAUUUUCGUUCCGUUCAAGGGAAACACGAGAAAGCACGAAGACAAACACUUAGCGCGGAUGUUGCGCCAUUUUCGAGUGUCUCCUCGAGCGAUAAAACCUCGGACUUCUCGUCAGCCACUCGCACACCUGGACCAUCAUCGCGUCCACCAAUACGACGUAAGAUGACAGGUGACAUACCGCCCAUACCGGCUCAGCGUACUGUCUUAUCCCCGUUGAACCCAAGAGCAAGGCAGAAUGGCCUAUUAGCGUCGACGCUCAUGGCUCGGGCACCUCCUGGUCCUGCUGUUGUGAGUCCUACUAAUGCGACCAUGCAGCAGGCGCAGAAACAGAAACGGACCAUAAGCAUCAGCAGAAAGACAUGAUAGUGUCUGUUGGGGACCUUUGAUGAUUAUGGGAGUGCUCCCUUUUGGGGUUUUGCCAGAACGAUGUUUAAUAUGGAUGGAGGACGAUGGGAUGAUAUAUUACGUUUUUAAUGACAUAUGAUAUGUGUGGCUGGACUCCACAAAGCUGUCUAUAUUACAUUCGGGAUUUCGAAGACACGACAAGAUUUUUGCGAA